UGGGAGUGGGGGGGUCUGAGGACCCACCGUCUCGGGCGCGAUGUAGGGGAGGCCGGUGGUGGUCGCAGCCGCAGUUUUGCCCCCGUGCCCAGCGGAGGCGGCCAGGGCGCCGACGGCCCGAGGUGUGACGGGGACGACCCCUGAUUCCCGGGGGCCGCCCGUUGUGCGAGCCCCGCCGGGCCCGCGCUUGCCGAGGCGGAGGGUCUGGGGAGCGUGGCCCCAGGGGCGGGCGGCCGGGGGCGGUGAGGAAGGGUGAGCGAGGAAAACACAAGGAAGGAGGGAAAGUGCGGAUGGCUGUGAGGUGCCAUUAGCUGCAGCUUUAGGCGCCGCGCGGGUCCGGUCCGGAGAUCAAGAGCGGCCGAUCCUUCUCGUAAGGAAGAAAAGAAAUAUUCCUUAAAGUGUGGGAGGCGCGUGCGCUUGGGGUCCGAAAUUGAGGUGCAUGGGAGUAUAUAGAAUUUAAGCAUUCUCUCAGAAGUGUAUGGUAGAGCUAAAGAAGACAACCAACCAAGGGUCAUCUGAAAUUGUGAUUGGCAAAUAAUCCCAGGACAAAGUUAGAGAUCACUACUCAAGCAUAAGGCCUCUACAAAGAUGUUUGAUAUAAAGGCUUGGGCUGAGUAUGUUGUGGAAUGGGCUGCAAAGGACCCAUAUGGCUUCCUUACAACAGUUAUUCUGGCCCUAACUCCAUUGUUUCUAGCAAGUGCUGUACUGUCUUGGAAAUUGGCCAAGAUGAUCGAGGCCAGGGAAAAGGAGCAAAAGAAGAAACAAAAACGUCAAGAAAAUAUUGCAAAAGCUAAACGACUAAAAAAGGAUUGAAGGAAUGAACAGGCUCUGCACCCAGAGGAAAAUCGUCUGGAAAAUUAUGCAGCUUUGGAAGGACCCAUUAAGGUUUCUUUUCAGAUCUUAUGACAGUAUUAUUUAGUAAACGAAGUCUGAGCAUGUGGAAGAAUCAUGUUAGUUCUCACCUGUACUAUAGCAACUUUUAGGCUUCGGUGUAGAAGUCUGUUGACAGUUACUGUAAAUUAGCAUUUACUAUGCUACAGAUUCUUUAUAACUGACUUAGUCAUUUGCCUUUUUGCAGCGUAUGUACUAAAGUGAAAACAUCCUGUGGAGAAAAAUGGCUUUAGAUUAUGGACUCUAUUCAAAUAAUGGCUUAAAAUGGGGUCCUGUUCUGGACAAAGGAGAUUAAGAAUGUAAAAAUCAGAAUUGUCCUGAGGUGAAAACCAUGCUUUGGCUUAAAAGAGAUACAGUGUACUAAUCACAUCUUUUAUCAUUAUUACUUAUUUCUUGAAAUAGAAUCAUUUCUGGCUUCCUCAAAGCAAAGUAUUAUUAUUCAACGAGUACUUCUAUUUUCUGUAUUUUUCUCAUUUUAGCUUUUGAGAUACUGGUAAUUACCAGACAUUCUGCAUUUUUAAAAAUCUAAUUUUAUAAAGAAUUCUCUUAUUAUCUUGACUAUGUAGAAUACCACUUACUGGAUAUAACAAUUUUUGUACUUAUGAACACUGCCACUUUCUUAGAGGUGACUUGAGUAGAGGAACACUAUGAUUUAAAGCUUGGAGUAAAAAUGCCAAACCUUGUAGUACCUUGGAACCAGUUAAUUCUCACUUGUGCUAUAAGUAGAAAUGUGAAGUAGUUACAAUGUCUUAUAAAAUAAUUUGCUGAUUAUAUAAUACCACUUUUGUUUUUCAUUCCAUUCUUUUAAUUCAUGUGGUAGUGAUGUCCUUUACUUUUUUGAUCAAACAGGUUCAUGGUGAAAAUUAAAAUUCAAAUUUCUUUUAAGGAACUUUUAAAGAGUAACAGUUAAGUCAUAUUUCAUAAAUGGUAAAGAAAGGCUUAACAGUUGGAAAAAUUUUGUUUAGCAUAGUAUUAGUUGGGUGAAAAAGGUGUAAAUCAUGUCAAAAUUAGAAUGUGUUAUAGUUAGAAAUAAAGGGCUGAAGGAUAUUUCCUUCAGUUAAGUAGUAUAACUGGAACUUUUUACUCUUUAACAUGGCUUUUAUAAAUGCAUGGUUAAUAAUUUUAUUUGUUGUCAGUAAUUAAUAGCUUAUUAAUGUUUUCCUCACCCCUGAUAAUGAAUCUUAAAUUACAAAAAAAUUGUCUAAAAGCUUUAACUUAAAAAAAUGAAACUAGAUAUUGAAAUAAAUUUGAUACGUUUUUAUAAAGAGGUCCUGGGCUUUGGUUUUUUUUGUGGGGGGAGGAGUAAUAAUUCAAGUUAAAUAUGUUACAGAAGUUAGACUUUUCAGAGGGUUACAAAUUUCAUUUAUAGAUAAGCAUGCAGUUGACUCCUGAACACCACCCUGGGCUUUGUUUUUUUUUGUGGGGGUUAGGAGCAUGAGUCCUCCCUUGCAGUCGAAAAUUCCUGUAUAAUUUAUAGUGGGCCCUCCCUAUACGUUGUUCCUUCCUAUAUGCAGGUCCUCCAUAUAUGCAGUUCCGAGGUCCCUCUGUACCCACAGUUCUUCAUCCGUGGAUUCAACCAACCCUGGAUCAUGUAGUAUUGUAGUAUUUACCACUAAAAACAUCUGUGUGUAAGUGACCCCACACAGUUCGAACCCAUGUUGUUCAAGGGUCAACUGUACUUAUAAAAGUUGAGAGCAAUGUUUCUCAAAUAUGAGAACCUAAGGACCUCUGAGAAUGUUUAUGGACUGGUUUGAACAAUACUUGUUACUGUUGUUUUAGGUUGUCAGUUCCUACUUGGUGCCAGUGUGAUCAACACAUUGCAGCUCCAAGCACUGAAAUAAUUCAGUGUUUAAUUACAAAUUAGUUAUUCAGGCGAUCUAGGAUAUGCUUUUUAUAUUGUCAUUGAAAUUUAAACAAAACUUACAGUUAUCCACUAAAGCUAUGGUUUCAUUGUUCAUUGUGACAAUUUAAAGGUAUUUAACUAAAAUAGGUUUUUUUAUAGUCCCUGUUAGUCUUAAUACAAUUUUGUAUUUGUUUGACAUAGGCCAUUUAUUGUUUCUUCAGCUUUUCCCAAAAUUUAUGGAGCCUUUUUAUACAUUUGAGAUCAACAAGGUUUUAUAAUAUGUGUCUAUAUGUUUGUGUGUGUUGGGGGGUGGUGUAAAUUAGACUAUAGAGCUUCCUCAAUUUAAAAUGGAUUACAUCCUGAUAAACCCACUGCAAGCUGAAAAUAAUUUACUGAAUAAUGUACUGAAAGUGAAAAACAGAAUGGUUGUGUGGGUAUCGGUUGUUUACUUGUGAUUGCAUGGCUGACUGAGAGCUGUGGCUCCCUGCCACUGCCCAGCAUCACAAGUGUCCUACUGCACACUGCUAGCCUGAGAAAAGAUUAAAACUCAAAGAACAUUUCUGUUGAAUGUGAAUGUGUAUCGUAAAGUUGAAAAAUUAAGUUGGGGACUGUGUAUUAUGAGGUUUGAGAGUCUUCAGAAAAAUCAAUCUUUUAUUGUAACAUACUGUUAACGGUUACAAGAAUCCCAUUUACUGUUACCCAGAAUAAUUCUUUUAAAAACUGCCUACCUAUUAUGUUGUUUCUGAAGUUCUUAGAACUAAUAUAAUCAAUUACCAUUUUAUGGCUGGUUUUGAAGGAAAAACAAACAAGCUGCCUAUAACAAACAUUUUACCACCAAAAAGUUUGUGCAUCAGAAUUUGAUCCAUAGUUUAUUUACCAUGUGGUAAACUUCAGCAUGGUGUUACUGUAUCAGAUGUGCAAGGGGAUUUUAAACCUAUUUCCUGAAAUUACAGUGAGCAAACUGGAAAUAAGCUUCGGAUGCUGCGAGCUAGAAACCCAAUGUUGAGAACCACUAUAACGAACAGCUCACAGCUCUUCACCCAUCGUGAGGGGCACUUUAUACCUCAUCUGGUUUUAAGUUAGAGGAAGUCUGAUACCUAUUUAGGAAUGAUUGCUUUCAGGUUUGCAACUGAUUAUAGUAUCACUCUGAUUUACUUCAUAUCUGUAAUAUAUAAGGACAAAUUCUGUAUUUCUCAAACAUUAAAGGGGAUUCCGUGUUCAAAUACCAAAAGUUUGGGAAACACAAGAUAAGACAAUUCAUUUCUGCAUGAUUUCUUGGAGUCUUUUAACCUUCUUUGACUAUCAUAGACUCUCUUUUCUUUUCCCCCGAAGAACACAAAUAGUUUGAGAAAGCCUAGUCUAAAUGAAUUCAGGUUACAUUUUAGAUAGUGUGGUUAAUGAGAUAGCAUUAAAAAAGUCAAUAUGAUGGUAUUGGGUCAAGGCUGAUGAAAUUAGGAAGUAAAUGAGAGCCAGAAAUCUGUUAGUAAAAAUGGAAUGCAAAAGGAUAACAUAAUGGGGAAAAAUUUAUUUCCUCCAUUUUUUUUAAUUUUUAACUUCAGAUAUCCAAGGCAUAGCUAAUAGGCUAGAUUUAUAUGGUUAAACCCAAAAGGCAAUGCAUGUAUACCUGAGCAGUUUGUAUAAUAAGGCCUUUGGGGAAAAAAAAUGCUAUAUGCAUGUAUAGCAGAGGCAUAGGAAGUCAGGAAGGAUUUAUCUGAGAGUACUUAAGGUAUGUAUGACACUUUAAUUAUUAUUUUUUUAAAUCAAUUUAUUUUUGGCUGUGUUGGGUCUUUGUUGCUGUGCGUGGGCUCUCUAGUUUC